AGGACCUGCCAUUUCAAGCAACUCAAUUUGUUUACGCGUGGCCACCGCCUCGUGUCCGCCUCGCGUUGUUCCGACUUUCAUGAGCAGAGAACUCUCGUCCUCGUUCGAGCACACUCGUCUCCGCUUCCUAAGCUUGGCAGUCACUGAUGUGGAGAAGAGUGAAUAGGACAGCGUGGGAAACUACGUCAGUGGUGUGGGAGGAGAGGUUUCGGCUGGGCGAACGCGUGGUUUGUGCAUCCACGCAAGGAGCGGUGCUCGGGGUCUGGACAGCCAGUGUCCGGGGUCCUGGCAACUGUGGCCAGGCUCCUGAUUCGCUGGCUGACGAUCCAGGGCUUCCGAGCGCGUUUAGGCCGAAACUCUCGAGCGUACAGCGGCUGCGUAGCUGCCUGACGAGGGAGGCACGACUACACCACCACUACAUGCUGAGAAAACAAGGAGUUGGGAGGGUGGGUAAAGAAUGCACUACACAGCAUUGGUAGCGAAUAUCGUGGCGAUGAGGAAGAGGCGUAGCGCGCGUACGUCAGUGCUCGUUUCUCGCGCUUGGACUGAACUUCACCGUGGCUGGCUCGAAGAAGUACCCCACUGUAAUGACACCCACCGGCUCUGGCUCACAAUGUCAUCGAGGCCACUGUC